AUGUACGGGAGCGGCCGCACGGUGAGCCACCUGGAGAGCAGCCCUGCCCGCUCGCCUCGCCUGCCGCGCUCCCCACGCCUGGGCCACCGCCGGGCCCACAGCAGCGGGGGCAGCGGCGGCAGCGGCGGUGGCAAGACCCUCUCCAUGGAGAACAUCCAGUCCCUGAACGCCGCCUAUGCCACCUCGGGCCCCAUGUACCUGAGUGACCACGAGGGCCUGGGGGGGCUCGGGGGCCUGGGCAUGGGCAGCGGUAGCAUCAUGGGCUCCACCAGCCACCACGCCACCUACCCGCGCGGCACCAUGACCCUGGGCCGCUCCACGGGGCGCGCCAUGUACGGCGGCCGCAUCUCGGGCAUGGGCAGCACGCCCAACAUCGCCUCGGCCGGCCUGCCCCACUCGCACCUCGACCUCCUGGGCUACGGCCUGGGCGGCACCUCAGCGGCCGACUUGGGCUCGCUCUCCAUGCUCUCCAUGCACCACCCCCACCACCACCACCACCACCAGCAGCACCACGGCACGCCCUCGGCCCUGCUUCGGCAGGCGGUGCGGGGGGUGGGGGGCGGAGGCGGCGGGGAGCUGCUGGAGAUGCAGCACCAGAUGCGCGACAUGCAGCGCGAGAACGAGCUGCUGCGGCGCGAGCUGGAGCUCAAGGACACCAAGCUGGGCUCCUCGGCCAACAGCAUCAAGAGCUUCUGGAGCCCCGAGCUGAAGAAGGAGCGCGUGAUGCGCAAGGAGGAGGCGGCCCGCACCUCCGUGCUCAAGGAGCAGAUGCGGGUCACGCACGAGGAGAACCAGCACCUUCUGGAUGCCCGGAGGACUAAGCACCUGCAGCUCACCAUCCAGGCGCUGCAGGACGAGUUGCGAACCCAGCGGGACCUGAACCAGCUGCUGCAGCAGGAGAAUAGCGGGCGGCUGGGCGGGCCCAACGACCACUUCACCACCAUCGAGCUGACCGAGGACAACUUCCGACAGCUGCAGGCCGAGCACGACCGGCAGGCCAAGGAGCUGUUCCUGCUGCGGAAGACCCUGGAGGAGAUGGAGCUGCGCAUCGAGACCCAGAAGCAGACGCUGGGCGCCCGCGACGAGUCCAUCAAGAAGCUGCUGGAGAUGCUACAGAGCAAAGGGCUGCCGUCGGGCGGAGGCAUGCGGGCCUCGGACGAGGAGGAGCAGGAGAGAGCCAGGCGCAUCGCCGAGGCAGAGGCCCAGCUCAGCCACCUGGAGGUCAUCCUGGAGCAGAAGGAGAAGGAGAACCUGCAUCUCCGAGAGGAGCUCCACCAGAGGAAUCAGCAUCACCAGGACCCCAGCAAAACAAAAGCCCUGCAGACCAUCAUUGAGAUGAAGGAUACCAAGAUCGCAUCCCUGGAGCGCAACAUCCGCGACCUGGAGGACGAGAUCCAGAUGCUGAAGGCCAACGGGCUGCUGCACACAGAGGACCGCGAGGAGGAGAUCAAGCAGAUGGAGGUCUACAAGAACCACUCCAAGUUCAUGAAGAGCAAGAUCGACCAGCUGAAGCAGGAGCUGUCCAAGAAGGAGAGCGAGCUGCUGGCCCUGCAGACCAAGCUGGAGACCCUCAACAACCAGAACUCCGACUGCAAGCAGCACAUCGAGGUCCUCAAGGAGUCACUCACCGCCAAGGAGCAACGCGCUGCCAUACUGCAGACUGAGGUGGACGCGCUGCGUCUGCGUCUGGAGGAGAAGGAGUCCUUCCUGAACAAGAAGAGCAAGCAGCUGCAGGACCUGACCGAGGAGAAGGGCACCCUCGCCGGGGAGAUACGAGACAUCAAGGACAUGCUGGAGGUCAAGGAGAGGAAGAUCAUCGUCCUGCAGAAGAAGAUUGAGAAUUUGCAGGAGCAGCUGAGGGAUAAGGAUAAGCAGUUGGGGAAUCUGAAGGAUCGAGUGAAGUCCCUGCAGACGGACUCCAGCAACACAGACACAGCUCUGGCCACACUAGAGGAGGCUCUGUCAGAGAAGGAGCGCAUCAUCGAGCGCCUGAAGGACCAGCGGGAGCGGGAGGACCGUGAGAGGCUGGAGGAGGUGGAGGCCUACAAGAAGGAGAACAAGGACCUCAAGGAGAAAGUCAGCACGCUGCAACUCGAGCUCACAGACAAGGAGUCGAACUUGAUCGACCUGAAGGAGCAUGCAUCCUCUCUGGCCUCCUCGGGCCUGAAGAAGGACUCCAAGCUCAAGACCCUGGAGAUCGCCAUCGAGCAGAAGAAGGAGGAGUGCAGUAAGUUGGAGACACAGCUGCAGAAGCAAGCAGAGCACCUGCUCAGUCAGAUGGGCAACCCUAAGGCCCACGAGGUGCACGAGCAGCAGACGUCCCGUCUGGCGGGGAACCCCGAGUUCUCGGAGCGCGUCAAGCUGCUGGAGAAGGAGGUGGCGUUCUACAAGGAGGAGUCGAGCAAGGCCCAGAAGGAGGUGGAGCGACUCCUGGAGAUCCUGAGCGAGGUCGAGACAGAGAAGAACGACAAGGACAAGAAGAUAGCAGAACUGGAAAGCCCCCCUUCACGGUCCUCAUGCUCCUCACCUCGUCCCGGUGGCAGAGCCCCCCCUGACCCAGCCCCCUCCGUGUCUGCUGCCUCUCAGCAGAUUGGGGGCAUGGUAUGGGACCUCCUGGGAAACCUCGCCCCCAGGCAAACCAAGGACCAAAGCAAAAAGGGCCCAAACAUUAAACUGGGCACCACAGGGGACAAGAAGGAUGCACGAAAGGACAACCCCAUGGACAACCCAAAGAUGGAGGAGCUGAUGAAUGUGCUGGAGAAGACAAGACAGGAGCUGGACGCCACCAAACAGCGUCUGUCCUCCUCGCAGCAGUCGCUCUCCGAGAGGGACGGACACCUCACCAACAUGCGUCAGGAGCGGCGCAAACACCUAGAAGAGAUCCUGGAGAUGAAGCAACAGGCUCUGCUGGCAGCCAUCAGUGAGAAGGAUGCCAACAUUGCUCUGUUGGAGCUCUCGGCCUCCAACAAGAAGAAGACGCAAGACGAGGUGCUCUCGCUCAAGAGGGAGAAAGACAAGCUCAUGCAUCAGCUCAAACAGCAGACCCAGAGCAGAAUGAAGCUGAUAGCUGAUAAUUACGAGGAUGACCACUACCACCCCCACCCUCCACAUCACAUGCAGCCCCAGCCACCACACCCUCAACCUGGACCGCCUCAGCCAGGCUACCCCCAGCAACACCCCCAGCACCCACAACACCCCCAGCACCCACAACAUCCACAACACCCCCAACACGCGCCCCAGACUCCCUACCCCCAUGCCCCUCACCCCCAACACCCGCAGCCCCCUCAGCUCCAGCACCCGCACCCCCAGGGCCCCCAGCCCCAGUACCCUCCCCACCCCCAGCAUCCACAGCACCCCCAGGCGCCCCCGCAACACUCACAGCACGGGCACCGUGGCCAGGUCCCCCAUCACCAGCACCAGCACCAUCCUCAUCACCCAAUGCCCCCUCAGCAGCAGCCACAGCAGCAGCCCCGCAGCCAGCAGCACCCUCAACAAUCCCAACAUCCCCAACACGCCCAACACUCCCAGCACCCCCAUGGCCCCCCUCCCCAGCAGCAACCGCCCCACAUGGGCCACCCGCACCCCCAACAGCACCCCCAACAGCAUCCACAACAGCACCCACAACAGCAUCCUCAACAACACCCCCAGCCACACCCACAGCAGCACCCACAGCAGCACCCACACCACCCGCCCCACGGCGCACCCCCACAUGGGCAGCACCCCCGGCACCCGGCACCCCACCACCGAGGGCCUGGUCGCGGGCCCCCCCAUGGACACCGCCCUUCCCCAGACCAGGAUGAUGAAGAAGGCAUUUGGGCAUAA